AUGGAGUUCCCUGAACUGGGUGCCGCAUGUAGCGCGCGAGGCUGCAUGGAGAAGAACGACUUCCUUCCCUUCACCUGUGAUGGCUGCAAGAAGAAAUUCUGUCUCAACCAUCAUAAACCAGAAGCACACACUUGUCCUGUUCCCCCACGGAACGACAAAUAUGUUCCAGUGUGCCCGCUAUGCCAACAGGCGAUAACGAUCAAGCCUGGAGAGGACCCGAACGCCAUCGUUGACAGGCACAUCCGAGCCGGGUGUCCGAAAGUCGUGGCGAAGCAGCCAAAGUCUAACGCAUGUAGUUUUAGAGGGUGCAAGGAGAAGGAGUUCGUCCCGGUCUCCUGCAAACUCUGCAAGCAACCCUUCUGUUUGAAGCACCGGUUUGAAACCGACCAUGAUUGCCCCGCCAAGGUAAAGUUUGCCUAA